UCGCCAACUGGUCUCUGCCAUUUAUUCAAAAAAUUAAUUGAGUCAUUUAGCCACUUAAAAUUUGGCAGUAUGGAUUCAACGGUACAUCAAUUUAACAACAGUAAGUUAUUGCAACCAAUUAAUCCAAUACAUGUAAUUCCUUGGCUACAUUGCACACUUAAAUCAAUGUUUCAGUCAAGUGAAUCCAGGAGCUGUUAACCAGUACUCAUGAGACCCAGUUCUACACCUAACAUUUUAUACAGCAUAACUUACUAAUUUAUACAAUUCUAAAAGUAAAGAAAAUGCUCAGGCAUGGCUGACAAGGGCGCGGGAUACAUCAAUGCAUGUAGAUAAACUUACAACACCCACCAGUAUGUACUUUGACAAUAGAACUCAAGUUGCAUGGUGACAGCCAGAACAGAAAUAACAAAAGGGGCAAGUUGUCUGUGCGAGCACCCAGUCGCAAAUCUUCAGCAUGGUUGGUUGGUGUGUUCAUGGCACAUAUAGUGCAUGCGUGCGCUUGUUACGCCAUUAACAAAAAUGGGCAUUCGUAGAAACAAGAUAGAGGGCGCAAAAUCAUACCAGAGUCGCGAAAAUAUCCUCCACAUGUGAGGGUGGGUCCAGUUUUAUACCAAGUGCCUGGUACAUGUACUUUUCCAAAGUCAAAAAUGCAAGAUAGUGUCCCUCCUAACAAUAAAAAGUAUGUAAAGUUAUUCUAAUGCAAAUAAGCCCACUUGGCAGGAGUCAUUCCACCCUAACCCACUGGCCAUCCAUUUCAGGGCCCAAGGCUAUUGCAUUAAUCAGCCGAUCGAACAAAGGGGCCUGGCCAACAACAAAAAUAGCAAGUGACUGAUGAGUUCAAUCGAUCGAUCGAUCAAUCAAUCAAUCAAUCAAUCAAUAUGACGUUAAUUUCCAUAUUGGUUAAGAUCAGGAAAAGUAAACAAUAACAGUACAAAAUAAAUCGUUAUAGAGUAACAAAAACAAGAAAUACAUAAGUAAAGGGAAAACCAGUAUCGGUUUUUUUUCAGAAGCCGGGAGGCUUGUUUUGGAAAGCCCUGGACAAAAGGACUUUACAGAGGACAAACAAAAAGCAAGAUAACCAAAAACAACAGCAGCAAUAAAUUAACUUAAAGGGGAAUACCUUAUGACAGAAAUAAAAUAAUGCAAAAUGACGAUAAUAAAUUUGGUACUUAUAUUAACAAUGACCAUAAGGAAUUGUGUGGAAAGAAGACGUGAAAAUUACAAAAAGAGAGAAAAAAAAAACAAAACACAACAGUGUGAUAAAAAGGCAGAAAUACAUUAGGAAAGAAAACUAAGCUAUGUAUUGGGAAACAAAAAAAAAAAUUUGAGAGGCCUUGAAUCGACCCGAAGACAACUCUGUUUUCAAAACCUCGUCAAGACCCUUCCACAAACAUGGCCACAGAAAUCAAGUGUUUUAAGAGUGUAUGCUGUGCGGGUGAAAGGAACGUAAAGAUUGUUAAGAGACCGAGUGCUGUGCCCAUGAGUAUUGUCACUGCAGAAAAGUAAUAUGAAAAGAUAGAAGGAAGAAGUUUGUUAAUUAAUAAUGAACUUAUACAUGAAUAUGCCGAUGUGAAAUUUGUGAAUGUCAUUUAGAGUUACAUGUAAUGUGUGGAGCCUAGAAAAGAGAGGUGCCCUAUGGUCCCGAGGGUGUGAAAGUGUGCAAAUUCUAAUGGCUCGCUUCUAGAGUGUAAUCAAAGGAAUCAGUUGAUCGUAAGUGUCAGAGUAUAAGGCCACGCUUUCCUUGUUUUAAGACCAUUGUUCUCCACAGUAUAAAUAAAUGUGUUUUCUUUCCCGUUUAGUUUGUCCAACCCUUUCGUUCUUAUCCAUGAGUUUCUUUACAACAGGCUAAAUCUUGCAAGCCGAGGUUGACUGAUCAUAACAAUACAGCUUCCUGCCACACAAUGCCUGGGAGAGCGUCUUCACCACACACCAACACACACAUACCUGUUUUAUAUACAAAGUGUGGACUUUCCUUCGUUCUCCUGUGGUCGAGGAAACUUGAGGAAAAUGUGUGUAUGUUUAAAUGAGAAUGGAAAUGAUGUCAAGUUUGAUUGAGGGGAUGGAAAUGAGAUGCAAAGGGUGGUAAAGGUUAUGAGAAUUGGCGGGAAAUGAGAGAGUGUCUCCCUGAAUUCCAUCUGUGCAGAUGUGUUGUCACUUGGCUCUGCUGCAGUGAUAUGAUUUUUCUUUUCUAGGGCAAUUCAGGCGCUAAGAUUGUAAUAACAAGCAGUCUGGCUUGUAGUAGGCAGUGCAGCUUGCUAAUAAGUAGAAUUUCUAGAGUGGCUACCGGGCAAUUUUCUGCUUGAUGUUUGUUUUCAACCUGGCUUGAGGGAGACGAGUCAACAAUGUUGAUCAGUAACCACGGCCUGCUCCGAUGUUGAGAUGAGACGAGAGUCAUAGAGAGGGCCAAGAAAGCUGAGAGCCGUCUAGUGACCGUCCGCCAUAUACAUGUAUGUUCUUCCAGAGACUGUAGGCUGGAGCAGCAUUUUAAGCUGAUGGGAUGUGAGAAGUGCCCAAAGACAUCAAAGACUUCAUUCACGGCUGAUUGCAUGAACUCUGAACCGUAGAUAUGUAUUUGUGUCUGGCAUCACUCGUAGAAGUGAAGAUUUUGUUAAUUUUAUAAUGAGAUUGGAAUUAUCGUUUGAAUAAGAAUCGGACGUCCUAGGUGUCGGUGUAGUGGCAAAAGCAACGGUUGGAUAGUAAUAAAUUUAUCGUAACUUUUGGAGUGACCUCUGACUUGUGAUAUGCCAUUAUUGGCUUCGAUUGUUCCUUGAGGUAUUGCUGUUGGAAGAAAUAUUUUUAAUUUAAUAAAAUUGAUUUGAGAAACAAAAAGUGAACCUGUGGACUUUAUUUCCUCACGAUUGUCAUUGAGCACUGUUACUGUUAGAAAAAGGCACUAGUUCUGACAGUAAGUAGAGGAUUUCCGGAAAAAAUUGCUAUAGUUCAGAUAGGGAAGAAUUAGGGUAUUACAAAGAGAAAACAGGGUAAAUGGAGGUAGAAAAGCACAAAAUUAAGUCAGAACACCUAUAUUUUUAAAGAUGGCCUAAAUGUGGUCAACUCUGGGUGAAAUUGUCGUUUAUGAUGAUGCCAAGGAAUUUCGUCGACCGGAUCCGGGUAACGAAUGUGUUGUCAAUAUCAAUAGGAAAAGUGUGAAGAUUGGGAUUAUUAGAUUUACUGAAAAGAAUACAUUUAGUUUUCCAGGAGUGAGGGACAGCUUGUUGGACUUGAACCAGGAGGAGACUUGAAUGAGCUCAGAGUUGAGAAUUUGAGUGAGAGACUGGAAAGAAGAAUCUGAGUAAAUGACAGUAGUAUCAUCGGCAAAUAGGAGAAAAGAUAACAAAGAGGAAGAAUUGUGUAGGUCAUUAAUGUAGACUAAGAAGAGAAGAGGACCAAGUAUGGAGCCUUGAGAAACACCAUAAGUGAUAACACCAUGGGCUGAUGAAAAAUUAUUGAUGAGAGUAUACUGUUGCCUGUCAGCCAGGUAAUUAGAGAACCAUUUAAGGGGGCAUCCUCUGACACAACUGAAGGAAAGUUUGGAAACGAGAAUUUCUUGAUCAGUAGUAUCAAAGGCCUUUGAAUAAGUCCACGAAAACACCAGCAGUACACAGUUUGUUGGACAGAGAAGUAGAUAUGAGAUCAGUAAGGUGGAUGAGAGCCAUGUCUGUGGAAAACAUGGGGCAGAAACCAAAUUAUUGAUUAGAUAGAAUAUGAAACGUAUAAAAGAAUUUAAAGAGUCUAUUGAACACUAACCUCUCAAGUAUCUUAGAGAAAGUAGGCAGAACAGAAAUAGGACGAUAGUUGCAGAUAUCAUGAGGGUCUCCUUUUUUAAAGACAGGAGUGACUUAGAUUUGAGGGAACGAUACCGGAAGAAAGAGAUAAAUUGAAAAUAUGAGCUAGAGGAGCAUAGUUAAAUUCAUAGUGUAUACAGUGCAGUGAAGUACGGGUUUAUUGGCAUAACAAAGGAAUUAAGAACAGACGGCAGUGUUUUUCGUUACAAUAAAAUUUUUCCUUUCCCGUGUAUGCACUGAUGCAGAGCACAAGCCAUCAAGUGCUGGCCCAAAGACUUCUGUGCGAGAGUCUGCCUGUGUGGUGAGUCAAAGUCAGUAUAUGUAUAAUGAAAAUGCUUCUUCCGAGGAAAAUGGAAGUGACUUUUUUGGAAAUGCAUCAAUAACAAUUUAUCUAUUUCAUUUUAGAGUGUCUCUUGACGGAAGGACGGCGGGAGUCACUGCCUCAGGAGGACCACCUAUGGACGUCUAGGGCCCUCUUCAAUUCAUCAAAGAGGAGGACACCAGGGAUUGAUUACAACCGAAUGACUGUCUCUGGUUCGAUUCUCCUGAGCCUCGUCCCAUCCAUGGCCAGCUGCCCAAGGCUGCCGAGUUCUUCAGGCACCACCCCCUCCACUGGAUGGCACGGAAGUUGUGGUAUCUGCGGCUGACCUGUCCAACUCCACUUGGCAGGUUGCAAGGAAACUUGCCAGCCACUCCCUUGGUACCGCAGCAUGGGCUACCAACGUUGGCAAUGAGCACGGCCAAGUCCUGAUGAGCGUCUUGACAGCUGCAGAAGGCCAAGGUCUACACAAGGAUGCUGGUGUGCCCCCUCCUGAGCUACUAUUAUCUAGACAGACUGCAGCAGUACCAGGGACCACGGCCAAUGACGUCCACUUCCAGGCACACCUCAUGGAUGGACUGGUUCGCUGGAAUGCAGACCGUGCUUCAGAAGCCAUUGCCGCUGAUGCCCCCGAAUACCGGGUUUACUGCGGCUACCUGCAGUACACUGUUGACUUGCUGGGACAGCAUGUGCUCAGCGAACCCAUCAACCCCACCCUCAGCAUUCCCCAGAAGUACACUGAGCUCAUUGGGGUCGAGUACUUCUAUGACCAGACAAAUGUGGUGCUUGGAGAGUACUACCCUGAUGACACAGAGGGUGACAAGGUUGAUGGUGACGACGAGGCAGGUUUGGACCCCAACAUCCCUCCGCUGGAUGAGGCAGGUGAAGCCACCCAAAAAAAUGGUACCACCAACAGCAAGCACAUGUGUCAUUUUUUUCUCUUUGUUCAUGAACACAUUGUGAAAGAAUCUCAUUAUAGCUUCUUUUUCUAUCUUGUGACCUAAAUUUCCACAAAAAUUCAUGGAAAAUGUGAAACCGACUUAUUGACUUAUUUUCCUAAAAAGGACAACCAGACUCUUCAGUGGCUUUCCCAAUCUGCAAGUUUGUCUUGACAUCUGGCACUUCAUGAGGAGAUUUGCCUCUUCCUGUACAACGGAGUGUCAUCAACUUUACCCAUUCUUCCUGAAGCGACUUUUAGCAAGCAUCUUCUCAUGGAGUGCAGAAUAUGUCAAUCGUCUGAGAGAGGCAAAGAUGAAUUAGCUGAUGGCCCAGAACAUCAGCAGGCCCUCAGAUGAAAACGUGACAAACAGCAUGGGCAUGAGAGCCCUGACCCGCUACUGCAGACGGACAACCCGUGGGGUUUGGAGUAGACUACUAGCCUCAUCAAGGAGCUCAAAGGACAACCAGACUCUUCAGUGGCUCUCCUAAUCUGCAAAUUUGUCGUAACAUCUGGCACUUCACGAGGAGAUUUGCCUCUUCCUGUACGACGGCGUGUCAUCAGCU